AUGGGGAGGACAAGGCGGUCCAGAUCAUCUCAGACGUUGCGAAAGACUUGAAACCUCGGUACCACUUUGUGGGCAUGCAGGGCAUUGCGUACGAACGCGCCCCCUAUGCCAAUUUUGUCCCGCGCACACCCUUCCCCGUGACCCGAUUUGUGGGUCUGGCCAAAUAUGGAAAUAAGGUACGACGGAUCUCCAUCAGAGCUGUUGUAGGGGUUUGA